ACCAACCACGCCCACUCCACACUGAAAUGGCUGCUGGUGGUGGUGAGCCUCAGAGAGUCAGAACGGGUAGUAUAGGACCGGUACUGACGUUUCAGGACUCUGCCAUUAGCGUCAUUGGUGGAAGCUUUUGUCUCUUGGAAUCUGAGAGAUCCCCGUCUGGCUACACAGUCUACAAGCUUCAAUUUAAAGUCCAAACUGAUACACCACAGGGACAGCCUGUCAUCGAAGAGUGUGAGUGCUGGAAGCGGUACUCUGACUUUCUGAAACUCUCGAAACAGCUGGAGCACAUUCAAAACAUAUCGGCCCCAUCUUCAUCAUCAGCUCCUCAAGAGAAACUUCCGGAACUCGCAAAAGCUAAUUAUUUCGAUCGUUUUAAAGAGUCUGUCAUUGAAGAGAGGAGAGUCUCUGCUGAGACUUUAUUGCAGUAUUGCAGUUACAAGAUCCACCUGGUAACUUCAGCGCCUUUUUUUGAAUUCAUAAAAGGAGCAGCUGUUAUUCGUAUACUUCCAGUAAGUGAGUUGAUCUCUUCUCCAACUGGACAGGAGACUCCGCCCCAGUCUGAUUGGAUCAGCCGACAGUCAUCCAGUACCACUCCUCCUGAGGUCUCAGUCAGAAUGAGUAUUUUGGAGGAGAGAGACGAGGGAGGCGACACCAGAGAAGAAGAGGGAGGUGUGGCUUUGGAAGUGGGCGGGGCUGAAGCUGAUCUCCCUUUACCCUCAACUCCAAAGACUCCGGAGAUAUCGUUAAUAAGACACCAGCAGGGUGACAGUAGUGUUUUUGGAGGCUCUGACUGGUGGAGUAAUGCCUUGGCUCAGAGCGACGUUAUCAAUUGUGACGAUUAUGAUAGUUUAAUGAGAGAAGAGGAAGAGGAGGCCUACGUCACCACUGAUGGUACUGCUAGUAAAGAUAAAACCUUAGAGAGUGAGUCCGGUUCAUUGAAUAAGUCAGUAGGGAAUCUCUCGCCUCCUCGUAAACCUGUUGAUCAAGCAGAGCGAAGACUAAGCCCUUCUUCAUCCUCCUCCUCCUCUUUCUCAUCUAAUGGAGCUUAUGUUGUUCAAGCAGGGAAACUUAUUACCCAAGGGCUGGAGUAUGAAUCAACUGGUCAACUGGAUGAAUCAUUUGAUCUAUUUAAAGCUGGUGUGGAUGUACUGCUUAACGGAGUACAGACUGACAUGAACUCAUCUAGAAGAGAAGCCGUAAGACAGAAAACUGCUGAGUACUUACAAUAUGCUGAAAUAUUGCAAAGAAAAAUGAUCAAGAAGAAGCAGAAAUUGGAGUUAAAUCGAUCAGAGAGCUCAAGCAGUAAUGCGAGGCCACACCUUCUCCAAGACUUUAAAGUCGUGAGUAUCAUAGCUAACAAGGUCCUACUGACUGAAAGCAAGCAUACAGGACAGAGAUUUGUAUUCAAGGUACUUCACAAGCAGCUGUCAGUUCAAGACAGGACUCAGGUGGUGCGUGGGCGGAUACCCAGGAGCAAGAACAGAACACCUUCUCAAUGCCCUUAUAUGGUAAAACUAUUGCACCAUUACGAGACAGUAUCGAAUCGUAUCUUUCUCCUCCUGGAGCAUAUUAAAAAUGGCCGACUAGUCCAUCACGUUCAAUCAAUCAGAGACCACCAACUUGGAAGGAGGCUCCAAGAGAGAGAGGAGAGGCGGAGGAGAAAGAGAGAGAAGAAAAGACUAAGAGAGCAAGGAGAAGAAUUGGCUAGGAUUGUCAUCGGACAAGAGAGCAGUACUUUAUCUCCAGGCCCUCCAUUAUCCCCUAAUGUAUCCUCAGAGUCCUUAAAUAUGACCCAGAGUCCCAUCUCGCUGCCUCACUCUCACGGCAGUCCUAAUCAAGACCCUCCUCCUACGCUCGAGCCUAAAAAUGAAGACGACUAUAUACAAUAUUUGAUGGAUAAUUUAAGUCCACCGACCGAACUACCAGUUACUAGCAGCAUUGGGAGUAGCAUUGGUGGAGGGAGUGGUGAUGGAGACGAAGAAGAUGAGAAAGAAGACAUGCUGGAUGUAUUAAGGAAGCAAAUGGAAGAGCUUUGCAAAGAAGACGAGGAAGAGUUGAGUAGCAAAGCAACAAGAGAAGAUGAUGCUGAUGAUUCAGCAAUACUUGACAGAGAAGAUGAAGCUGAGAUUCAAGCUAUAUUACAGGAGGGAGAUGGUAAAGAGAAUGAUGAUUCAUUAAGUAAAGAGGAUGAUGGUUCAUUAAUAGAAGAUACUAAUAAAGAGGAUGAUGAUUUAUUAGGAGAUCAAGAGCAGCUUCUUGAGUUGGAGAAGCACUUAUCUGCAUUCACUUCUCUUUCUGCACCAGAUAAUAACAGCGACCUCCUACAACUCAACCUUAGUCAGGAUAAUGAUAAUACAACUACUGCUGAUCCUACUGAUAUAGUACCCAGUAGUAGUAAUGAUGAUAUUCAUACUAGCACUGAUCCACCUAACACUAGCAGUAGUAAUAAUGAAGAUAAAGGCAGCUCUAAACCUGAUGUUAUAGACAAUGGGGACAAAGGCAGCCAAGAGGAAAUUAUUACAAAUGGGAUUGAUGCUUCUAGUGGUAAAGAUAGUGUCACCAACGAACCUGUAUCUGCAGAUAAUGAUAAUAAUGAUAAUACCAGUAGUGAUCAAUCUUCAUCCACCACCAUUAAUGUCGUACCACCAACUCCAACCACACCUACGUCUCAGCCUCGCCCCAUUCCAGCAAAACCCUCGGCUUCAAGUUUAUCAGGAGGAGGAGAUGUCUCUAGACCAGCUGAAGGAAUAAAAAAACUCUCGUCUAGGCAGAGUACUCCACAGUUCUCUCCUGUUGUAUCGCUGAGAGGAUCACCAGAGACUGGUCCCAGUCAGGAGUGGGAGAAACAACUGGACAGUGACAUUAAGAAAUGGGCAGCUCAAUUAGUCAUAGCAUUGGAGCAUCUACACUCCAAUGGUAUCAUAUGCAGAGACCUCCACUCAGACAAUAUUCUGAUUAAUGACUCAGGGGACGUUCGUUUAACUUAUUUUGGUCAGUGGGACUAUAUACCGAAUUCUGUGAAGACCGAGGCUGUACAGAGAAUGUAUGUAGCACCAGAGCUUAGCGGGUUAGAUGAAGCUACAGUGAGUGCUGACUGGUGGAGUUUAGGAGCCAUUUUAUUUGAGCUGUUGACUGGGGAGCUGUUGGUUCACUGCCAUCCAGGAGGAAUACACUCCCAUAUACCUAUUGUUGUACCUGGUAAGGUCUCGCCAGAGGCCAAAUCACUAAUAGAACAAUUGCUGCAGGUUAAUCCUUUAGAAAGAAUUGGUUCUGGCUUAAAUGGCACUGAUGAUAUCAAGUCACAUCCAUUCUUUAGCACUAUAGACUGGAAGAGUUUAUAUAAUCAGAGAUGAUCUAAAUUUAUUGCACAUUAAUUGUUUAGAUAUGCCAAUAGUAGCUAAUUCUUUUUUAAUUAUGUUAUAUUAUUUAUAUAAAAUUGCUUAAUUUUUGUUUUUAAAAACUACUUGUUUUUGAUGCGA